CCCUGUUCAAAACCAAAACAAACGUGUCCGAAAACGCGCGUCAAAAGGUGCGCGACCUGCCUGGCUGCAAAUAAAUUCCGGACAAAAUGGAAGAUUCUCGUUACCUACCGAAUCAAAGCGAACUGAACGCGGUGCAAGAUGACGAGCUACGCCAGGAACUGCUAAAGUACUACCGAAGUUCGCUUAUCAUUGGCUUGCUCAAGCAAUCCGACGCUCCCAUAUCAAUAGAGAGCCGGGCGCUACUGUCCGUGUACAAACACGAAGGUGAACUGCCUUUGGGACUGGAUCACAUACGCAACGUGGACAUAAGCUACCAUGAACGGAUGGCGAUCGGCAAGUACAUCGAAAGCAAGAUCACCGAGCAAGUGCGACCGUUUGUGGAGAAAGCAAAACGGUACUGCGGUGGAAAUCUAGAGGAGCUGUCCGCUUCCCAAUUUCAGGAGCAGUACCGCAAUCUGCAGCUCGAUCGUGAACGUCAAGAAUUGACGGAAAAGCUAGCACAGCUUAAAGCACGCAAAUUGCAUCUAAUGAAAGCGUGUGCUGACAUUCGUACCGGACCGUUCCAGCGGAACAACGUCGAACUGAAGCAUGCCGAGGCGCGUUCUAUGCAAACGAAAACUGAAUUGCUGCAAAAACUAGUCGCAAAUGAAAUACUCAACUGCACGCCGCAUGCGGUCAAAGCGGUUAACGAGGUGACGGCCAACAUCAACACUCUGCUAGGAAAUGGUGAAUGAAAUCUAUUCUCUACACAGCAUUUAUUAUAGUAAAACGAUUAAAAUUUGAUAAUUCCGUUACAAGCAUAAA